GAGCAGUAUGGACUGGUUCUCAGUAAAUUCGUGGACCAUGCAUGGAUCAGACUGAUGCUCAAGCACGUUCUGCUCCAUGUCAGCGCAUUUCUGCGAGCAAAAAGAAAAAACAAGCUGAGAAGAGUAAAUCAGAGGUGUUACACUAAAAAAGCAUUCGGUCAGUCUGGUGAAGCAGUUGUCAUGAUGCCUUCGCUGUCUGGACUUGGAUGGACUUUAUUCCUUCUCUCUUUCCUCUUGGAGCACCCAGAAGCUCAGAGUGGAGAGCUGCACUGCUCAGUGGCUGGUCCAGUGGGUGCUCGACACCCUGUUCAGGGUCUGCUGGAAAGGUUCGAGGCAGGCCCCGGCUGUGCUGCUAGAGAACGCGGAAACAAGGAGACUCAUGUCAUUGCAUUAAGAAGAGUGACCAACAGCCCAGAAAACAAGGUGACAGUGCUGAUGAAGCCUCUGUCUCUGUCUCCUUCUCCUAUGAGGGUUGUCCACCUAGUGCUCAUCUCCAAAGUCCCAGUUACCUGGUGGUUGGAGGCCGAGAGACUGCCCUCCAACCUCCAGGUCCUGGUGCAGGUGUCCUCAAACGCCAGCGUACAGUCCAGCGCCCUGCGUUUGCACGUCCAGACGGUGCAUUCAUUGCCUUUUCGUCCCCGUGCGCUGCAUCGCUGGGUUCUGAAGCAUCAUGGCAACCUGUCCUCUCUGACACACUCAUCACAUGGCAAUCGAGUCUACCUUCAACUGGGAGAGGAUCCAAACCUGCCUGCUGUGUGUCAGCUGCAGUCCAUGUUCAUCUCUCGCAACUACAUGACCUCUGACUUGCAGCCACAGGAAGUGCACGGUUGUGCCCACUUGAAUGUAGGUGGAGCUAGCCCUGAGGUCCACGUAAUCAAGCUCCAUUCAUCAGGCUCAGGCCUCUGUGGCUCCAUGCAGGUAGAGGUGACUGUAUCGCUUGUGCCUCCAGUGGCCGACUCAAGAGCGCACAAGAUUGUGUUGAUUCUCAGCAGCUCUGUGCCCGUCAACUGGGCCAUUACUGCUCAUGGCAUCCAGGGUCGCAUCUCUGUUCAUUCCUCCAACAGCGUGUCUCCACCCUACCCACCUGAGCCUGGCCUAACAGUGGCCAGCACACUCGACCCUGACCUGUCUAGCAUCUCGGACCUUCUCCUUUGGGCCCGUGAGAGUGGCUUCACCACGGUGACCUCAUACACUGAGGCCGACCUGGCCAAUCACUUUGUGAUCCGGCUGGCUGAGGGAGAAGCAGGUAAGUUUGCAGUGACGAAUCCACUGGUUGCAAGGCCUCCUGAGGCAGAGGAGCGCAGGUUGAGGCAGUGGCUGAAUGGUGGGAGCAGAGCAGGAGAAGGCCGGGAGGGUUUCACAGUGAACUGUGAGGGCGGACGCCUCAGCGUGACGGUGGACAGAAGCAUUCUGCAGAACUUGUCUGUCCCGAUGGCUGCCGUGACUCUGCGUGACCUGACUUGCCAGGCUGAGUCCAAUGGGAGCCAUUUCCUUUUAGUGUUCCCAGUCAUUUCCUGUGGGACAGAAGGCCUGCUCCUGGGAGAGCCUAGAGGGGUGCAGUACAAAAACAUGCUGUUACUAUGGAGGGACAAACCUCAGACCAUCCUUUCACUCAAUGAGACUGAGAAGUCCAAAGGUCCACUUGGCAUACGUUUCAGCUGUUUUUCUGCUGUCCCUGGCCCUCCGAGCAGCGCUGCUGCUAAUGAGAAUGUAAACACUGUGCAGACAGAACUGGUCCCCUGGGUGCCAGAGGGCUUGUGGCCCACCCCAGACCUAAGCCACUUCCCAACACCCAGACACAGAUCUGGGCCUGUUCUUCUUUUGGAGCUUUUUGUCACAGACAGCUACGAGCAGAGGCGGAUUGGUCCGUGUGUCAUCACCGCUGACCAGCGUGUCUAUGUCCAGAUUUCAGCUAAAGCACCCCUCGCAGAUGUCGUGGAAGUGAAGUCAUGUGUAGUCUCUUCUUUCUCAGACCCCAAAAAAUCGCCUUUCUGGACUGUGAUAAGUAACGGCUGUUCCUCUGACCCCUCACUGACCUUCAGUGCGAAGUCAAAACAUGAGCAAGAGGAGACUGAAGAUAACGUUGAAGCAGUAGAGGAAACGGAAGAGACAGAGGGCCUGGGAAAUGGCAGAAUUGAUCAAACAGGUGAAAAAGCAGAAAGUGGAGGAGGGAGAGACAAGAGGACCAUGAGUGUGAGAGAAGAGAUACUGCCCUUAAGAUUCAGCUUCAUUCUACGACCAGUUUAUAACGACUCAAUGCAGUUCCUCCACUGCAGCCUGCGCCUCUGUGUCUCUGACACAACUAGAGGGGAACCCAUGAAGGAAACUAUAAAGAAUGACUGUGAGGGCAGGCCACGCAUGCCUCUGCUUCUAUCUAGAUCACCCGGGCAUCAGUGUGAGAUCAGAAACCUCUCCAGACCCAUGGUGGUCACCCACCCGAUUAGUUCACUGUCACCUAAAAUGAGGAACCCUACUGGCCAAAGAAUCAAGAGACUCAGCGUCACUCCGCUGGCCAGACCAGAGCCAGAGCACAGCAACCGGGUGGUGGAGACUGGACCAGUGAUGGGACUUGUCUUUGCAGCCUUUGUAAUGGGUGUCGGUCUGAUGGGGGGGUUGUGGUUCAUCUAUAAUUAUACAGCGGAGCGGCCAGCAUCUUAUAGAGAUCAUCUAACAGACCAGACUCGUGGAGAACAAAACAUCUGGAACCCGCCUUCAGUGUCUGAUCAGUCCUCGAGCUCAGUGUGAGGCUAUGGGGCAGCUUUAAUGGCCACUCCUCAUGGUCCAUUAAACUGGAUUGAUCCAUGGAUCCUGGAAUGCCUGGAACUGUCCACAGUACCCUAAAAGCCUUCAUCAGGAAUUUGAUGGGGAUGUGGCGGACAACACUAGAGGCCAACUUCAAGCCAAAAGCACAAGUGACCAUCGAGUGCUGGAUUACCAAGGAGAUGCUGUCCCUGCUGAUGUUCUGCACAGGCCUGGACCCCACCAAUGGAUACCUGCUACAGAAUGGAGCAAACAUCAGUCACCUCCUCUACAUGGAUGACAACAAGCCGUAUGCCAGGA